UACUCGUUUAGGGCCAUGGAAUCAGACCAUACCUUAUCCUUCUCACGUUUUUUCUAUAAUCGACUGUACCUAUUUAUGACUUAUCCAGCCGAACAGUUUUCAUUCAUUGGAGGAUUUAUACCUCCCCGUUAUUGACCUCUAACAGCAGUCUUGGACUCUGAGUGUUGGUCACUGCACACUAUUAUCAUGGGCUCUCCCCUUGUCUUUCGCGGAGCUAUGAUCCAUUCUCUGGACCUCACUCAUCUCGAAAUCCUCGAAAACGCAACCCUUAUUAUCAGUCCCGACGGCCGUAUCACCGCCUUCCAGAAAUCAUCCGCUCCAGGUACACCCGAUCUACCCCUCCCCGCCGGCGCCAAGGUCCAUCAUCUCCCUCCGGGCGACUUUCUCAUCCCAGGCUUCGUCGACACUCAUAACCAUGCGCCGCAAUGGCCCAUGCGUGGCCUCGGCCAGGGCCUUCAUAUCCUGGACUGGCUAGAGCAAGUCACCUUCCCCGUCGAAGCACGCUUCUCCGAUCCCUCGUACGCGCGGAAGACGUACGAGCAAAGCGUGGGCGACUUCCUCCGCCACGGCAUCACCACGGCGUCGUACUACAGCUCCCGGCAUGCCGAGUCGACACGUAUCCUGGCCGACAUCUGUCACGCGAAAGGCCAGCGGGCCUUCGUGGGGAAGUGCAACAUGGACCGCAACGCCCCCGAGUACAUCCGCGAACAGGGCGCCGCGGACUCCCUUCGCGAAACCGAGGAGUGUGUCCGGUACAUUCGAAGCCUCUCGGGACACGGCGGCGGCGGCGGUGCCGAAACGGGCGACGAACAGGCUCUCGUGAAACCCAUCGUCACGCCCAGGUUCGCCAUCAGCUGCACCCCGGAGCUGCUCACAGGGCUAGGCGAAAUGCUGAAGCGCGACGACACGCUAGCCAUGCAGACGCACUUCAACGAAGCCGAACAAGAGAUCGAGGCCACCAGGGCGCUCUUCCCGGCGUACGAGAGCGAGGCCGAUCUCUACGACGCCUUCGGGCUCCUCGGCAGGCGGUCCGUCCUGGCCCACUGCACCAUCAUGACGGACUACGACAAGGAACGCCUCGCGGCCCUGCGAUGCGGCGUCGCGCAUUGUCCUAUCGCCAACAUGACCGUCGGCGGCGGCUUCAUGGUCGCGCCCGUGCGGGACUUCCUCCGGCGGGGGAUCAAGGUCGGGUUGGGGACCGACAGCGGCGGCGGGUGGGCGUCGCAGAUGCUGGCCGUGAUGCGGCUGGCCAUGAUCGCGUCGAAUGCGAGGGUGGUACUGGACCGAGGCAGAGGAGACGAUGCUUCUUCGCUGUCGUUAGAGGAGGUGUUUUACCUGGCCACGAUGGGUGGGGCUGGAGUCCUUUGUCUCGAGGACCAGAUUGGGAACUUUGAGGUUGGAAAGCAGUUUGAUGCGGUGUGGGUCACGACCACGACGACGGAUACGGCGUUGCGGUCGGCCAUGACGCCGCGAGAAGAGGGCGAUUCGCUCAAGACCACGUUUGAAAAGUUUGUCAUGACGGGGGAUGAUAGGAACAUGGCACAUGUGUAUGUCAGAGGCCGACGGGUGGCCGGAGCAGGGGAUUAGAGAUUGGGAAUUUGCACGAACAGCCCAGAGUACAUAGUUCACGAUGGACGCGGUUGUCCUCGAGUACCCAAGUUCAAGUCUCAUUCAAGGCACCGCAAUUCUUCUUAGC